CGCACUGUUCAAGGUAGAAAUAAACUGUAUCUUUCUACAGUACAAUGUUGCUUUUCCUAAUCUUCCGAUGUCCGUGGUUUUUAAUUGGCGUCCUUGUGCCGUGUUUUGGCAACUUACAACCGGGCUUCUCUAGACUUCAGCGAGGACACAGACUGGACAGGAAACUGAUUCAAUCCUUCCCAGAACUCAGUUUCCUGGACUGUGUGAUAGAAUGUCUGGUUAAACCACGGUGUAAAUCUGUCAACUAUUUCAAAGGGGCUAAUUUCUGUGAAAUCAAUUACGAAAAUAAGACGACAGCAGAGACUAGGUACAUGGAGAGUGCUGGAUGGGUGUACAGUGAAAAGGAGCAUUGGCCUAAGGAGCUGGCUGGAGCUUGUUCGAACUCAACCUGUGGAAUCAACCAGACAUGUAAACACAAGAAAUAUUCCGAGGAUAAAUUCUUUGAAUGUGUUUUGUCAGAUUGUGGAAUACCCGAUCAAAAGGAAAUAGAUCUGAAUACAACACGACGUGAGGACGCCAUUGGUAUACACAGGAGGAUACACGCCUCAUGUUUUGACGGAUACUCCCAGUCUGGUUCAGGAUGGCUGAUCUGUCAGUCAAACGGAGAGUGGAAAUACGACAUUGUCUGUACAGAUAUUGAUGAGUGCCAGAAUGACCCUUGCCACAAUGAAGCCAAGUGCACAAACACACCCGGCUCAUACAACUGUACAUGUGACACCGGAUGGACCGGGAUAGUUUGUGAUGAAGAUAUUAAUGAAUGUCUGGACAAUCCAUGUCACAACGGAGGAACAUGCAGUAACAACGAUGGAUCUUUCACGUGUACAUGCGCAGGUGGAUUCACAGGGACACUCUGUAAUGAAGAUAUUGAUGAGUGCCAGAAUGACCCUUGCUUCAAUGGAGCCGAGUGCACAAACACACCUGGCUCAUUCACCUGUACAUGUAACGCCAGAUGGACCGGGAUAGUUUGUAAUGAAGAUGUUGAUGAGUGCCAGAAAGUCCCUUGCCUCAAUGGAGCCGAGUGCACAAACACACCCGGCUCAUUCACCUGUACAUGUAACGCCAGAUGGACCGGGAAAGUUUGUAAUGAAGAUAUAAAUGAAUGUCUGAAUAACCAAUGUCGAAACGGAGGAACAUGCAGUAACAACGAUGGAUCUUUCACGUGUACAUGCGCAGGUGGAUUCACAGGUGCACUCUGUAAUGAAGUUUUUUCCAACCUUGCGUUCCAUAAGCCUGCAACACAAUCAUCAACGUUUACAUGGCCAGAAGCUGGACUGAACUACUCUGCCAAUCUGGCAGUUGAUGGAAACAACGUUACAGACUUUGUCGUAGACUUGUGCACCAGCACAGCGAGUGGAGACACAACACCGUGGUGGUUGGUGGAUCUGCAGGCUGUGUACUCCAUCAGAUCUCUCAGAAUAUUCAAUAGAGGAAUGGACGAGUGGGGACAAGAUGUUUCAGACCGGCUUCGGGAUGUCACCGUCACUGUAGGGCUGACAGAGUCAGAUGUCAACACUCCCUGUGGUUUCUUUGCUGGUCCCGGUACUCUGUCACAGUUGGUCGUCAUCGACUGUCCGACAUUACCACAGGGGAGAUUCGUAAAGAUCUCCAUAAUCACCGAGUAUCUCACUCUUUGUGAAGUUGAAGUGUUUGGAUACUCUGUCUAAUUAUUAUAACUGAUGUCUUAACAAAACGAUUCUCUUUCCGACCAAAUAAUUAUGUAUAU